UGGCAACCGGUCCUGGUCCCUCAUUGUCGCGGACAAGUGACUGCGGGGUCCUCAAUUUUUCUCUGGCUCCGAUUCCCCUCCAUUCCGGGGCAACUCAGACUUUCCCUACCUACAAAACCACCCUCCGUCUAUCAGAUUCUCCCUCUCUCCGAUCAGUUGUCAUACUCACCACCCACCACUCACCACCUGCGUAACCUAUCACAAUGGCUGCCAACAAUACGCAGGGCGCGACGUAUGCGCUGCCUCAGACUCACAAGGAGAUGCUCGAGAAGUCGCUGGUCGAAUCUGACCCCGAAGUCGCUGAGAUUAUGAAACACGAGAUCCAGCGGCAACGCGAGUCCAUCAUCCUCAUUGCCUCCGAAAAUGUCACGUCCCGCGCUGUCUUCGAUGCCCUCGGCUCCCCCAUGUCCAACAAGUACUCUGAGGGCUAUCCUGGCGCUCGGUACUAUGGCGGCAACCAGCACAUUGACCAAAUUGAGCUUCUCUGCCAAAAGCGUGCCCUCGAAGCCUUCCACCUCGACGGUGCUAAGUGGGGGGUCAACGUCCAGUGCUUGAGCGGCAGCCCUGCCAAUCUCCAGGUCUACCAGGCCAUCAUGCCCCCCCAUGGCAGGCUGAUGGGCUUGGAUCUCCCCCACGGUGGCCAUCUCAGCCACGGCUACCAGACGCCGCAGCGGAAGAUCUCGGCCGUCUCGACGUACUUCGAGACCAUGCCGUACCGUGUCAAUCUCGACACCGGCAUCAUUGACUACGACGAGCUAGAGAGGAAUGCCCAGCUAUUCCGCCCUAAGAUCCUCGUUGCUGGUACCUCGGCCUACUGCCGCCUCAUUGAUUACGAGCGGAUGCGGAAAAUUGCCGACUCGGUUGGUGCCUACCUGGUGGUUGACAUUGCUCACAUCUCUGGCCUUGUUGCUGCUGAGGUCAUCCCCUCGCCCUUCCACUAUGCCGAUGUUGUCACCACCACCACCCAUAAGUCGCUCCGUGGCCCCCGUGGCGCCAUGAUCUUUUUCCGCAAGGGCGUCCGCUCUGUUGACGCCAAGACUGGCAAGGAGACCCUCUACGAUCUGGAGGACAAGAUCAACUUUUCCGUCUUCCCCGGACACCAGGGCGGUCCCCACAACCAUACCAUCACCGCCCUUGCGGUCGCGCUCAAGCAGGCUGCCAGUCCUGAGUUUAAGGAGUACCAACAGAAGGUGGUCGCCAACGCCAAGGCUCUGGAGAAGAAGUUCAAGGAGCUCGGCCACAAGCUCGUGUCGGACGGCACUGACUCGCACAUGGUGCUGCUCGACCUCCGCCCACUCAGCCUCGAUGGCGCCCGUGUCGAGGCUGUUCUUGAGCAGAUUAACAUUGCCUGCAACAAGAACAGCGUGCCCGGCGACAAGAGCGCUCUCACCCCUGGCGGUCUUCGUAUCGGUACACCGGCUAUGACCAGCCGCGGCUUCGGUGAAGCCGACUUUGAGCGCGUGGCUGUCUACAUUGACGAGAGCAUCAAGCUUUGUAAAGAGGUACAGGCCGCGCUGCCCAAGGAGGCCAACAAGCUCAAGGACUUCAAGUUCAAGGUCGCUAGCGGAGAAGUCUCCCGGAUCAACGAGCUCAAGAAGGAGAUAUCGGACUGGUGCCACACCUUCCCGCUCCCCGUUGAGGGCUGGAGGAUGGAUGCUGGCAUCUAAGUAGCCCACAACCACAGCCCGCGGCGGUGUUGGGUGAAGAUAUGAUAUACAGGGUGCCAUGUGACGAGUGCCCAAUGUUCAACAACACAUAGACG